UAGCGAUGUGUUGAAAACAUCGAUAACAUCGAUGUGAGCAUCGAUUCCACAUCUAAAAUUUCGCCCAACGCAUUGGAUUCUGAGCGGUUUCUUGAGGAUUUCUAAGAAUACGACCAUGGCGGACGACACCAACGAGGACAGCUGGCUGUAUGGCACCUCGAACCCGGACUCGACGACCGGCGAGCUGGGCAACGGCGGGGACUCGCUGACGGCGGAGCACGAGGCUGCGGCAGAGGCUCAGGCCUUGGCCGCAGUGGUUGCCGGCGAAAAGCCGGGCUCCUCGUCCGGGGCCGAUCCCGCCGGGGACUCGCCUUGCUAUCCCAAGGAGGAGGUGCCCGAGUACUCGGAGUUCGACGACCCGGCGCAGGAAAUGGAGGAGGACGAAGAGGCCCUGCCGGACACCACGGACAGCAGGAGUAGGAGAGAGCGCGACAGGGACAGGGAUCGGGACCGUGGCCGGUUUGCGGACCGGGCCGACACCCAUUCCUCUCCGGAUCCGGAGGACGACGAGAUGGUCGAUGCUCCCAGCUCCAGGAGGGAGCGGAACGGCUCAGGGUCCGAAGAGGACGACGACGACGACUCGGACGACGACAUCAACGUGGUCAUCGGAGACAUUAAGCAAGCCCCCAGCUACAACAUCAAGCAGCGACCUAAUCUGUUGGCCGGCGGCACUGGAGCCGCCGGAGACAAGGCCAAGCCGACGGGCCAGGCGGGCAAGUUCAGCAUCGAGGACUUCGAGGGCGCCGGCACCAUAAACGGUGUGGCCGUGCACGAGUUCAGCAUCGACUCGCUGGAGGAGAAGCCGUGGCGCAAGCCGGGAGCGGACAUCACGGACUACUUCAACUACGGCUUCAACGAGGAGACGUGGCGGGCGUACUGCGAGCGGCAGAAACGCUUCCGGGUGGCGGAGAGCGGCGUGGGACUGGCCAGUCUUACGCAGAACGUGAGCCAGAACACGCCCAUUGGAAUCCUCACGGACGGCGGAUUGGGCAUGGGUCCUCCCGGAAUGCACGGCAUUCAGUCCAUGGUGGGAAUGGGCGGGGAGGGUGGCAUGCAGAUGCCGCCGCCGGGCAUGCCGCCACCCAUGAUGCAACACCAGUCGCGAUCAGGAAUGGGGCUGAUGCAACGCCCCCCCAGGCCCAUCUCGACCACGGGCGGCGACAGGGGCGGCGAUCGGGAGAGAGGCGUCAAGGAGAACGCCAUUCAGGUGAUGACCGCCGAGUGCCGGGAGUAUUCGCGUGGUGGCCUGGGACCCAUGGCGCCAAACUUCCCGCUGCCCGGAGCCUCUGAAGAACCCUUCUUCCACGAGCCGGAGCCCUUCGACUACGGCUACGAACCCACCCAGGAGUCGCAGUGGGGCAGCGAUAAUGCCGGCUGGGUGCCCAGCGGGAUCAAGGAGCUGACUCCGGGCCACGCCCAUAUGCAGCAGCCGCCGCCUGGGAUGCCGCCUCCCGGCAUGAGCGUACCACCGCCACAGAUGGGCGGCCCGCCACCCAACUUACGCGGCAUGAUGCCGCCCAACAUGCGCAUGCCACCAAAUAUGAAUAUGGGACCGCCGCCAGGCAUGAUGAUGGGAGGCAACGGACCGCCACAGAUGCGAAUGGGCAUGGCACCGCCACAGAGGAUGGCCAUGGGCGAGCGUGGCGGCUACGAGGAUGAUCGUGAGCGCAGAAGGCGAGAGAAGGACAAGUUGUUAAAGAAAGAUCAGCUGCGAAAGGACUUCCUGGACAUGCUGCGGGAGCGCCACGAGAUUGAAAGGCAUACCAGGUGGUAUGACAUCAAGAAGAAGUUCGAGGCGGAUCCAAGGUACCGUGCGCUGGACUCGUCCUAUCGCGAGGAGUACUUCGAAGACUACCUGCACCUGCUGAAAGAGGAGAAGCGCAAGGAACGCGACUUAAAGGAACGCGAGCGACAUCGCGACAAGGAGCGAUCUCGGGAUAAGGACAAGGAUAAGGAGAAAGACAAAGAGAAGGAUAAGGAUAAGGAGAAAGAAAAAGAUAAGGAAAAGGAUAAAGACAAAGACAAGGAAAAGGAAAAGGACAAAGACAAGGAGAAAGACAAAGACAAAGAGAGCUCACGUCGAGAACGCUCCAGAUCCCGCGAAAAGUCCAGCCGUCGCAAGUCCAAGUCCCGCGAGAAAGAUCGAAGCGAGCGAAGCAGCAAGAGCAGCAGCACCGCACCUUCCUCCAGCCGCAGCGAGAAGAAGAAAUCACAUCGCAAGGAUAAAGAGGAAGAGGAAUAGCAUUUGUUAAGGUACUAUAUGGAAGACGAUUGUGAAGCAACUCCCUGAGCUGCCCACCAUACAAAUUAAAAACAAAACAAUCCAAAAUAAAUACUUUCAAUAAAAGAAGAAACUCAAAAGCAAUACGAGGACUGUUUAGAGAGAUAAAAAGUCG